GAACAUGAUAAAGAUCCCGAGACGUUGUUUAAGGUUUUAUAUGAUUUACAUGAUAAUGGGUACCAGUUUAAAUUAUCAGUUUUAGGAGAAAGAUUCACAGAAAUUCCUGAAAUAUUUAUGGAAGCUAAAGAGAAACUAAAAGAUCAUAUUUUACAUUGGGGAUAUUUAGAUAGUAAACUACGGUACUAUCAAGUCUUACAGCAGGCUGAUGUUUCGAUAUCUACAGCUCUUCAUGAAUUCUACGGCGUAGCUAUGUUAGAAAGUGUGUAUUUCGGAUGUUUUCCACUGUGCCCAAAUAAACUGGUUUAUCCAGAAAUAUUUCCAGGUAAUUUCAUUUACAUUUUUGUCUUGAUAUUUCCCAAAUGGUGCAGAAAAGUAGGACGUAAAACUCCAUUCAUUUCAUUUCAUUUGUCUUGA